AUGUCUGGAAUUGUGGUUGUUUUCGACUUCGACGACACCAUUCUGGAUGUCGAUAGUGACAACUGGGUUGUCGAUCAGUUGGGUUUCACCCAUUUGUUCAAUCAGCUACUUCCCACCAUGCCUUGGAACUCUCUUAUGGACAGGAUGAUGAUGGAGCUUCAUUCACAUGGUAAAACAAUUCAGGACAUUGAGCAAGUUCUGCAUAGGAUUCCCUUGCACCCUAGAGUUAUACCUGCUAUUGAAGCAGCUCAUGCUUUAGGGUGUGAUUUGAGGAUUGUGAGCGAUGCCAACAUGUUUUUCAUUGAUUCCAUUUUGAAGCACUUAGGAAUAAGGGAAUACUUUUCGGAGAUCAAUACUAACCCUGGUUAUGUCAAUGAAGAAGGAAGGUUAAGGAUUUUACCUUACCAUGAUUUCAACAAAGCUUCUCACGGCUGCACUUUGUGCCCUCCAAACAUGUGCAAGGGUUUAAUCAUAAACAGAAUCCAAGAUUUAAUUUCUCAAGAGGAUAACAAGAGGAUCAUAUAUCUUGGAGAUGGUAGAGGGGAUUAUUGCCCAAGCUUGAGGCUGAAAGAGAAUGAUUUCAUGAUGCCAAGGAAAAACUUUCCUGUGUGGAAUUUGAUAUGCAAAGACCCUUUGCUUGUUAAGGCUGAAAUCCAUGGCUGGAGUGAUGGAGAAGAAUUGGAGCAAGUUUUGUUGCAAUUGAUCAACAAAAUUUCCAUUGAGGAAAAUGCUCAGCUCAUUUCAUCUGAUUGCAAGCUACAAACUCUCUCUGUCUCUGCUCAUAAGGCUUUGCCUAAAGUCCUCCCAAUUCGGCCAUGAUUUCCUAGUAUAGUAUCUUCAAAAAUGUAUCAUAACUCAAAAUUAUUAUUAUUAUUAUUUUUUAAAUAAAUUUAAACCUUCACUAAAAUUGCUAA